AUGUCUAAUCCGGAAAACAGUGGAUUCCAUGGAUACGCGGAAGCUUCAACGCAGGAUGUGCUGAGGCAAAUGGCGGAACAAAACACCCGUCUGCUGCUGUUACUGGAGAGACUAACAACAUCAAAUGCAACUCCAGCGGCCAAUCAGUGUAGAAGUCCGGACCAGAUAAUCGAAUCGCUGUCAUCGGUUAUUCGGGAAUUUCACUACGACCCGGAAGCAGGCAUCACGUUCGAACGUUGGUUCAACAAGUAUGAAGAUCUCUUCAGAGCGGAUGGCAAGGAUCUGGAUGACGCUGCCAAAAUACGCCUUCUAAUGCGAAGCUUGAGCGUCCCGGUUCACGAAAAGUUCACAAACUAUCUCUUGCCACGUCAUCCACGCGAUUUUUCAUUCGGGCAAUCGUCACAGGAAGCAGAAGUAAGAACGCGGCUUCUGGCGAAGCUCGAAUCGGACACCAGUCGAGAAAUCAACCUGGAAGCACUGGUAACAGAGUGCCACCGCAUAUCAUCUCUCAAGCACGAUACUGAGCUGGUUGAGAAGCAAGCAUCCCCGUCAGUGCACGCUGUCCAAAAAGCCAAAAUUACGCAACGACAUUCAAAAUCGUCUUCCCAAGCAGAAUCAGCAGUUCCACGAUCACCUUGUUGGCAGUGUGGGGCAAUGCAUUUUGUCAAAGAUUGCUCCUACAAAAACCACACGUGUCAACAAUGCAACCGCCAAGGCCACAAAGAAGGUUACUGUAAUUGCUUCCGAACAACAGCAGACCCUUCUGGAUCGACACGCAGAAAAGACAAACAGCCAACGCAAUCCAGAUUCAUCCAUAGUGUGAACCACAUCGGCAACCGGCGGAAAUACGUGAAGGUGACUGUGAACCACACUAUUCUCAAACUCCAGAUCGACAGUGGUUCCGAUAUUACUGUCAUUUCUGAACAGUCCUGGAGGAAAUGCGGUUCACCGACGCUCCAACCAACCCAUCAUCAUGCAGGUACAGCUUCCGGCGACCCUCUUCCACUGAUUGGCGAAUUUGGAUGUGCGCUGGCCAUCGAUGGUGAAGAAAAAUUUGGAACCUGCUACGUUACAUCAGUCAAGAACUUAAAUCUUCUGGGAUUGGACUACAUGGACGCUUUCGAUUUGUGGGACAAGCCACUUUCCAACGUUUGCAAUCAGGUAAAUUGUUCCAAUUCAAUUCCUUCAACCAACCGGUACCUCACCCGUUUUCCCGAAGUUUUCAGAGACGGCCUCGGACUUUGUGUGAAAACCAAGCGACCGGUACCCUUCAAUGCUGUGCAAAGAGUUGACGAGGAGUUAGAUCGCCUACAACAGCUGAACAUCAUAACACCAGUAGAUUAUGCUGACUGGGCGGCGCCAAUCGUUUCCGUUCGGAAACCCGGUGGGAAGAUUCGUGUCUGCGCCGAUUAUUCUACGGGACUCAAUGCAAUGUUAGAGCCACAUCAUUAUCCCCUUCCAACACCAGACGACAUUUUGGCAAAACUUUCCGGAAACAAGUUUUUCAGUAUUAUUGAUCUGUCUGAUGCUUACCUGCAAGUCGAGGUUGACGAAGAAUCCAAAAAACUGUUGACCAUCAACACUCAUCGAGGGCUUUUCCAGUUCAACCGGUUGGCACCAGGAGUCAAAUCAGCACCCGGAGCAUUUCAACAAUUGAUGUCCAAAAUGAUUGCCGGUUUGGAAGGCGUAGAUAACUUUCUCGACGAUUUCAUCGUGUACAGCAAAACGUUGACCGAUCAUAUUAAACGCUUGGAUUUAUUGUUCUCCCGAAUUCAAGAGUAUGGGUUCCGGCUACGUCCAGAAAAAUGCAGUUUCCACAAACCCGAAAUCAAGUAUUUAGGGUUUAUUGUUAAUGCCAACGGUAUCAAGCCUGAUCCGGAAAAAGUAGCUGCGAUAGCGAACAUGCCUGAGCCAACAGAUUUAACUACCCUACGAUCGUUUUUGGGAGCGGCAAACUUUUAUGGAAGAUUUGUCCCAGAAAUCCAUAGAAUCAGACGUCCUCUCGAUGAACUUCUUAAAAAAGAUCGCAAAUUCGUUUGGAGUAAGCAGUGUCAAGAAGCCUUCAACUCAUUAAAAAAGGUUCUGCAGUCAGAUUUACUUUUGACGCAUUACAAUCCGGAACUUCCUUUGAUAGUGGCUGGAGAUGCGUCGAAAACUGGUAUAGGAGCUGUCGUUAUGCAUCGGUUUCCUGACGGGCAAAUGAAAGCUGUUGCUCAUGCAUCGAGAACUCUGACAGAUUCCGAACAGAACUAUGGCCAAGUUGAAAAGGAAGCCCUAGCUUUAAUUUUUGCAGUUACAAAAUUUCGGCGUAUGCUUCUGGGGCGAAAAUUUAAACUCCAAACAGACCAUCAACCGUUAAUCAAAGUGUUUGGAUCGAAAAAAGGUAUUCCGCUACACACAGCUAACCGCCUUCAACGAUGGGCACUUACAUUACUCGCCUAUGAUUUUGAAGUGGAAUAUGUUUCGACGGACAAAUUUGGCUACGCAGAUUUCCUAUCUCGACUAAUAAGUAACCAUCAGAAGCCUGACGAAGAAUUCGUAAUAGCUGCAGUUAAUCUGAACCAGGAAUUAAGCUCAACUUUACACGACCACAUCGGAGCAUUGCCGGUAACAUUCAACAUGAUUAAAUCGGCUACAGCAGAUGAUGCUAUUCUCCAAGAAGUUCAACGCUACUUAUCAGAUGGUUGGCCAUAUGCUGACAAAAUAGUCAAUUCAAAAGUAAAAGCAUAUUUUGUUCGGCGUGAAUCACUCUCUUCAGUCAACGGAUGCUUGAUGUUGGAGGAUCGUGUCGUGAUUCCAGAAAAGUUGAGUCAGCGCAUUCUACAUCAAAUUCAUAGAGGGCACCAAGGAAUGGAACGCAUGAAAUCUAUUGCUCGUGCAAUUGUUUUUUGGCCCAACAUCGAUCAGGACAUCGAAAAUCUAGUUCGCCGCUGUUCUAUUUGUGCCAGUGCAUCUAAAUCCCCUCCGCAUUCUGAACCACAACCUUGGCCAAAAGCGGAUGGUGCGUGGAAAAGAAUUCACAUCGACUACGCUGGACCAAUUAAUUCUUGGAACUACUUAGUAGUAGUAGACUCGUACACCAAAUGGCCCGAGAUUUUCCAAACGCAAUCGACCACGGCAACAGCUACUGUGCGGUUCCUACAUGAAACAUUCGCGAGGUUUGGUGUACCAGAAACAAUAGUGUCUGAUAAUGGUACACAGUUUUGCAGCAAUGAAUUCAGGACCAUGUGUGAAAGGUUGGGAAUCAUCCAUAUCCGUAUCGCCCCUUUCCACCCACAAUCUAAUGGGCAAGCGGAACGAUUCGUCGACACUCUUAAACGUUCGCUGCAGAAAAUCACGGAGGGAGAAGGUGUCCCCGCAAUUGAUGCUCUUCAAACAUUUUUACAAGUGUACCGCUCAACACCGAGUGCAGUCCUUGAUGGCAUGUCUCCUGCGGAAGGAAUGCUUGGUCGUCCAAUGCGUACUACUUUGGAAUUGUUGAAACCUCCUAGUGUCCCGAAAAACAUGAAUAAAGUUCUGCCCUCCAAAUAUACAACUGGUUCCAAAGUGUAUACCAAGGUUUACAAGAACUCGAACAAGUGGAAGUGGGUUCCUGGUGAAAUCAUUGAAGAAAUAGGAAACGUCAAUUUCAAUGUGCUGUUGGAUAUACAGGUUGGGCGAAGGAAGUUAAUUCGUACACAUCUAAAUCAACUUCGACCAAGGUUCGAGACUGCUCAAGCUGAGGAUUCCGGAACUGCCACAAAUUCCCCGUUGAACAUCCUCAAGCAUGACUUUCAUUUGGACCAUCUUAUGCCCUUACAGCAGUCACAGCCGAACGAUACCCAUCAGCCCAAGGAUGACUGUGGAUAUGAGUCGGAAUCAGAUGAGUCCUUCCAAUCAGCAGCAGAGUUGUCUAUUCCACAUCAAUCAACUCCUGUUCCGUGUGAAACACCGAGAUCAGCACGACCAACGAGGACUAUCCGGCCACCACAGAGAUUCAACGAUUACAUCAUGGACUGA